AUGGUUUACCUGACUUCCUUGACCUUCUGGCUGGCUCUGGCCUUGCUGAAUCGAAGCUUAGCUUGCUCCUACUUCGAAGUGAACACCAGCCUUCCGGAAGGGAAGAUCAUGGGACAUACCAUGGAGUUCGACCGUUACUACAACGUUUUUGACUCGUAUUUCAAGGUCAUUCCAAGGGGCUAUCCGCACCGCUUGUACAAUGACACGAAUGACACGGCCUGUGGCAGCCAGACAAGCAGCCAGGGCAGCUUGGGCUACGUCGGCAUCGAAUUUGCCGACCUCUUUGGUGAUGGGAUGAACGAGGAGGGCCUUAUCAUCGCGUCGCAGUCCUUGUAUCGCUCGCAGUACCAGAAGUGCAACCCAUGCUCCAAGCAUUACAAGACGAUCAAUAUUAUGCAACUCCCUGCCUACAUCCUGAGUCACUUCAAAAACGUUCCAGACUUGAAGUGGGCUAUUCGACACCACAAGAUCUGCGUCGUGAACACCGAUAAAGAGAAGACGAGCAACUUGCAUUGGGCCAUUGCGGACAAGAAAGGGAACUCCAUUGUAUUGGAGUAUAUUGAUGGAGAGCCUCAGAUCCAUGAGAAUUACGUGGGCGUCAUGACGAAUGACCCGCCUUACCUAUGGCAGGUUGACAAUCUCAACACCUUCGCUUGGCUGACUGCUGAUGCCAAUGUGACAUCGCAAGAUCUGAGACUAGACACUGGGAACCAACUGCCAGGGACGGAUGCCGUACCGAAGAACUGGGGCCAUGGCUUCAACAUGGGGGGGCUACCGGCAGAUGCCUCCCCCCCCUCGCGCUUCGUGCGCAUGUUCUAUACCCGUCAGGUGUCCCAGCUCAACUCCAAGCCCCAGGACAUGCCGGAAUUCAUGGCCUUGGUUCAAGGUAUCCUCAAUACGAUCUACAUCCCCAAAGGCUUCACUGGCGUCGACCCAAGCCAACAGGUUCAGAGUGAUCAUACCGCAUGGGCCACCAUGCGCGUGCCCAGCACGGGGUUCUACGCCUUUCGCACCUAUGCGAACAUGCAGUGGCACGUGAUCAACACCAAGCUUCUGGGCUGGAACCAAGCGGCGACCCUGAACGUUUCUGGGAGCAGCAUCCUUGACAGCUUCAAGGACAUUACGGGCGACUUGCCACAGAAUCAAAAGACGGCCAGGACUAACUUCCUUGCGCCGGUUCAAAGGCAUGAGGGAGACGACUCAGUUUUUCUUCAGCACGAGGAGAUGUGA